AUGGUACCUUGUCGUUCGUGGCUUCUAACAGCCACACUCCUGCUGUGCAGCGGAGCUCAGGGUAUUGAGAUUGAUGAGAGAGUCGCAGGGGUAGACUACUUUCUACCCGCUAGCUAUAUUCCUAUGACCAGUGGGAUUCCGUUCACAAUCCAGGAUUAUGCCGCCCAGCCAUGGUCACCACAUCACGACGCCCCGGUGACUCACCAAACGCUUGAUACGGCACCGUCUUCGUGUAAAUCGUCGAACAAGUCCUCAGGGUACUGGUACGAGCAUAUUGAACACAACGGCCAGUCUUCAUUUCUUUCUGCGGAACACAAAGAUAACUACACCGUGUUUCGCAAUGUUGUUAAGGACUAUGACGCCGAUAACACGGGGAAAGAGAGCGCCUCCUCGGCUAUCCAGAAGGCAAUUCAAGAUGGGCCGGUCGAGGGACCAGGUCGAAGCUCCCACAAGAUGGGCACCACGGGCCAGCCGGCAAUUGUAUACCUUCCUAAGGGACUGUAUCUGUUGAACGAGCCCUUACAGCUGUACGUGGGGACAGUCAUAGUCGGCGAUCCUACCGAUCCGCCAGUUAUCAAAGCCGCCAAAGGGUUCUCGGCCGAUCAUCUCGUAUACGGGAAAGAUCCGAAUUUCGGGGGCACGAUUAACUUCUACAUCGGGAUCAAGAAUGUGGUGUUGGAUUCUACGGGCAUGGAUCCCAAACAGCCUGUAACGCUCCUGGAUUGGACUGUUAGCCAGGCGACGCAGCUGUCGAACGUUGGUUUCAACAUGCCUACUGAGUCUGCGACACAUAUUGGGUUGACGACGAAGUAUGAUUAUAAUAGUAACUUGAUCUUGAAUGACUUAUGGUUCAAAGGCGGCUCGAUUGGAAUGAAACUGGAUGGUCAGCAAUGGGUAUUCCGGAACGUUAAGUUCGAAGGAACAGCUACUGGCGUGGUAGCUGGGGGAACGGAUAUUGUAUUUCUGGGAUGUAGCUUCCAGAAUGGGAAGGUUGGCAUUGAUGCCAAAGGAACAUCUGGCUCGUUGACUGUGAUCGACAGCCAUGGUUCGGGUCUCGGCUCUCUCAUCACGUCGAAUGACUCUGGUAACGCAGGGAAUGCGAUAAUUCUGGAGAAUGUCCAAAAUCAAGGUAACACUGUCAGUCUUAAUGGAAACGCCGUUCUCCAUGGCGACGUGAAGGAUACCUGGGUACACGGAACGCUGUAUGCCCAGAGAGAGAGCCACAACCAGCGAGUAUCAGGGAAGCGUGUGAAAACAGCGCGCUCUCAACCCUUACUUUCUGGAGAUAAGUAUUUUACAAUGCAACCGCCGACAUAUACGGACUAUACCGCAAGCGAGGUCCUCAAUAUCAAGUCUGUCCCCGGCAAGCCGGUGCACGGCGACGGCGCUACGGAUGAUACCUGGAAUAUCAACAGUAUCCUCGCUCAGAACCGCAAUUGCAAAAUCAUAUAUUUUCCCGCCGGCACGUACAUCGUCACGGAUACCAUUGUUGUCCCAGCUGGAACGCGCAUUGUCGGUGAUGCCUUUGCGUCGACCAUCAGCGCAGCUGGCGACAAAUUCGCCAACUCCAGAGACGUGCGUACCAUGGUCCGUCUCGGGAACCCAGGCGAUAUGGGCUUGAUUCAUGUCAGUGACAUGGUAUUUACGGUGGCGGACGUCCUUCCUGGAUGCAAGCUGGUUGAAGUCAACAUCGCCGGCCACAAGCCCGGCGACGUCGGACUAUGGAACACGCAUUUCCGCAUCGGGGGCGCAGUAGGCAGCCAUGUGCAAACAAAAUGCCACAAAUCUCCCGCGGACUGCAAAGCCGCCUGGGGCCUGCUGCACCUAACGCGCACCUCCUCCGCCUACAUCGAAAACGUGUGGGGUUGGACUGCCGACCACGACCUCGACGGGGACAACAAGCAAACCAUCGCCACCGGACGGGGUCUCCUCGUGGAAGGCAACUCAGCGACGUGGCUAGUUGGCACGGGCUUCGAGCACAACGCUCUCUACCAAUACAACUUCGCGGGCGCGCGCAACGUCUUCUCCGCCAUGCAGCAAAGUGAAUCUCCCUACUGGCAGGGGCCUGGCAACGCCCUCGCCCCAGCCCCGUGGGACGACUCGGUACAUUCCACCGACCCGAAGUUCGGGCAGUGCGCCCCCGACGACGCGAAGUGUCGCAUGGCGCUGUUCGAGAUCAUCGACCAUGCCCGCGACAUUUUCUUAUACGGCGGUUGCAACUGGGUGUUUUUCAGCAACAGCGGAGAUUGUAAGGGUAAGUGUCAGAAGAAUGCGGUACAGGUGCUGGAGUCAUCGGGGGUUUAUCUCUAUGGCACCAACACCAAGAGCACGGAGAAUAUGGUGCUAGAAGGGAAUCAUGCCGUCGCGACGGAGAAUCAUAAUGCAGGGGGUUGGGGCGGUGUUAUUGCCGCGUAUUUGCAUGAUGCUUAA